CCCCCCGGGCCAACUUGCACAACGGGUACCCGUAAACCUUGACGUCGCUGAGACGAAGCGUUCCCCAUCCAUCGUCCUGCUCCAACUUGAACAUCCCCUUUCUCCAUCACUCAUCCCACUUCCUGCGAAUACCACACGACCUAUCCACCGUCUACCACGACAAAGCGAGAUCCCUUGCGAGCCCCAACAUCUCGACAUCCUCCGGACCGCAACGACAACCCAGGACCAAAUCGAUCAAAUCGACCAAAUACGCCACUCCUACCCCUCCCACCCCCCUGAAAAUCCGCCACAAUGAAGUUGCACUACAUUGGAAUCCUUCGCAAUGACAGCAAGCCCGCUGUCGAGCUGUGCAGCGAGAUGGAGCUGUCGGCAUACUCGAGAUUCACGAGGGGGAGCUACGCCGAGUUCAUGACUCUCUUCUCUAAGAAGGUCGCAGAGUCGACACGCCCUGGUCAACGGCAGGAUAUCGAGGAGGGCGACAACACAUUCCACUGCGUGGGACGGAGUGAAGGCAUCUGUGGCGUUAUCAUCUCGGACCACCAGUACCCGAGCCUAGUCGCUCAUCAGCUGCUCUCCAAGAUCGUUGACGAAUUCCUCACCAAGCACCCCCGCUCCACGUGGGCGACGGGCGAGCCCAAGCUCGUCCUCCCCGAGCUGAAGGAGUACCUCACCAAAUACCAAGACCCUCAGCAGGCCGACUCCAUCCUCAAGAUCCAGAAGGAACUUGACGAGACCAAGAUCGUGUUGCACAAGACCAUUCAAAGCGUCCUGGAGCGUGGCGAGAAGAUUGAUGACCUGGUGGCCAAAAGUGACGGCCUGAGCUCCCAGAGCAAGAUGUUCUAUCAACAGGCAAAGAAGCAAAACUCGUGCUGCAGCGUCAUGUAAACCCAGCCAGCCCUCUGAAACACUUCUACAUGUCCUUAUUUUGGUCAUUUCAUGUCUGGCGUUGGACCCCGUUUGGACUCGUUUCGGCAUAAACGCUCGUUCUGGUCACGCUCGCUAGGGUUCUUCGCAAGCAAGAACGGCAUCGUAUCUCUCUUGUUUUCUUCUUGUUUUUCUUUGUGCAAUGAGUACCCUUCCGUGGAUGAGGAAGGGCGUGUUCAUAUCUUCCACCCCAAACGCGCAGCAGUGGUUUCUGGUAGUGGGAAAGGGACGAUGAUUCGGGAUUUAAUACAACUCCUGCAUUGCAGAAAUCACAACGGUCGUCCCCAUUUGAGACAUAGGCUUUCCCUAGCAUGAGAAAAUAAACGGCAGUUGUUGACUUGCA